ACUCAGAGUCGUUGUCAAAGGUGCUAGACAUCCAUCUGGCGGGAUGCAGCUCUAUCGCUCUAUAAGUGGUUCCGUCUCCAAGACAUGGAAUUCUAUCAACCCGGCCACCCUUAGCGGGGCUAUUGAUGUCAUUGUCAUAGAGCAAGAAGAUGGCACCCUCGCUUGUUCGCCCUUUCAUGUCCGGUUUGGCAAGUUUUCGCUCUUGCGUCCAUUUGAGAAGAAGGUGGAGUUCAAGGUGAAUGGCGUAAAACAAGAAUAUGCCAUGAAGUUGGGAGAAGGGGGCGAGGCAUUCUUUGUUUUUGAAACGACCGAUGACAUCCCCGCAUCCUUGCAGACCUCGCCGUUGGUGUCUCCAGCAGCCAGCCCGAGACCCCAGAGCGAACCGGAUAUUCUCCCUUCACUGCAGGAACCAGAUUACCUCGACUUGGACAAAGGAAACGGGGAUGCAUUGUCGGAAGGCGCAAAAACCCCACCGGCGAUGGCGAUGCCAUCGAACAAGCUACGGGCAAACACGGAUUUAGGGACAAUGACACCCCUAUCGCGAUCUCCCGACGAAUCUGACGUGGCUCGUCCACAGCACGACUCCUUAUCCUCUAAACCGCCACUGGAUCACACGCUGUCGGACAAUGUGCUUUCGACCAGCUCUCCUCAACACUCCCUGUCCGGUCGAUCUGCAGAUGGGAAUGGCGAAACUCGUGGCAUUGAUAGCGAGGGUGAAACAUACCCGCGCUCUCGUAGCCCUCCUCUGUCUCCCGAGGAAGCGGUGUCCCGUGCCAUUUCGUUGUCGAAGAAGCUGUCCGGUUCCAAUAUUCCGUCCCAUGUCACCGAAGCUGGAGAUCUUAUGUUGGAUAUGACUGGUUACAAAAGCAACGAAGAAGACGCCCUUCGCGCGGAGGUUGUUGCGCGUAAGAUUCUCGCUGAAGAGCUUGAAGGAGCCUACGACAUCGGCGCACUGAUUGGAGCCGAUGAGCACGGCAACCUAUGGAUAUACAGCAGCGAGGAGUCCAAGGAACUGGCUGAUAGGAGAGCCACUCUUCACUCAAUGCGGCCGAACAUAGGGAUGAGCGAUGAUGCUAUCUCCGACCCAGGAUACCACAGCGAAGGCGAACACCCUGUUUCGGAGCCAUCGUUGACUACGCGCCAUCACCGAACCAAAUCAGAUGUCCAACCCGGCUUUCCCACACCCCCUGACUCGCCCUUGCAUGAUUCUUUUCCGAAACCCGCAACUAUGCAAAGACACUCCGCUUGA